CAGAGCGCAUUGGGUUUAGGAGCCUCCAUUAGGGCGUGUGAGGGAGCCCGUGUACCAAGGCGUACAGUGCCGAACAGCAUCAUCUCAACCCGUUGGGCCUCUCCUCGCCUGCCUACUCUAAAACUUUUGCUGCGGUUGCGUUUACCCCAUAGUGACAUUUGGACGUGGAUAGCUUGGACUGCGCUUCCGACACUUCGCGUGAAAGAAGUGCCAGUAUCUAUCCUGUCUUUGCCUACAGUAUACAGCGACAGUAUACAGUGACAGAAGCAGUAAGAGAUCACACAGAAAUGGCGCAAACGGAGGGACAAGCUGGGCGAUUGCUCGGUUCUGCGCAUUCUCCCAGCAGCUGUGUACAGGCCCCGUCGCAGUCCAUCCUAAGCUCAGGAAUUGCUCGUUCAUGGGCUUCCCGGUCGCUGGUACCAAGCCUCCGCAGCGGCUCACGCGUGAUGCUCGCCGCUAAUGCAGCGAUGCUGGGCCUGCGUUGCGGCAUGGCCGCUCGCGCGCCUGCCGCGUUUGCUGGUUCAGCUGCGUUCAGUACCGGACCAUCCACGACUCCCAAGCCCGGCUUCGCGCCAGGCGCUCGUGGUGCGCCUGAGCCCGGCCAGGCCGCUCGUGCCCCGCCUCCACCUGGCGCCAAGCCUGCGUCCGCCCCCGCCCCCGCAUCGGGAGCAGCUGCAGCUGCUGCUGCUGCUGCCGCAGCUCCCAAGGCUGCAGCUGCCACAAGGCCCCCGGUUGCCCCCAGGCCCAGGCCAACCGUGGUUGAGGAGAACACCAUUCCCCCGCCCGCUGGCUAUGACGCCUCGCUGCCUGCGGGUGUGGAGCAGAAGCCCAGCGGCUGGUCCAAGCUGGGCUGGGCGGUGCCGCUGCUGGGCUUGCCCCUGAUGGCUGGCCUCUACUACUGGCAGCAGGAGUUCGACAAGGAGUGGGACCUCAAGGUGCAACAGGCGGUGCAGGAGAUCAAGCAACGCACCCGACCCGCCAGCCGCUCCGCUCCCGCACCUCCGCCCCCGCCGCCAGCCGCACCGGCCCCUGCCCCGGAGCCGGCUCCCGCCCCCGCUCCCGCCCCAGAGCCCCUGGUAGAGGAGCCGGCGGCCCCUCCGCCGCCCCCGCCGCCUGCUGCUGAGGGCGCAGCAGCCGCUGCUGCCCCCGUCGUUGCUGCCGUGGAGGAGCAGCAGGAGGAGGUGGCUGCCAAGGCGCCGGAGGCUGCAGAGGAACCCGCUUCAGUGGUGGUGGCGGCGCCGGAGGAGGCGCCCGCGGUGGAAACGGAGGCGGUGGCGCCCGCAGCGGUUGCAGCAGCAGCGGAGGAGCAGGAGCCGCCAGCGGCGGAGGCAGCGGGUGCCAUCCUGCAGGCGAUGGAGGCCGCGCAGGAUGCCGCCGCCGCUCCGGCUGCUGCCGCCGCCGCCGCCGCUGUCAUCGCGGCGGCGGAGGCAGCGCCUGACGCUGCACCGGCGGAGGCGGAGCCUGCCAAGGCUGCCGAGGCUGCAGCCCCUGCCGCUGCCACUGCCACUGAGGAGGAGGCGGUGGUUGCUCCCGCACCGGAGGCGGCAGCACCGGCCGCAACCGCCACCCCCGUGGGCCCCGACGCCGCCGCGGCCGCCGCCACUGCCCUGGCGGUGCUGCAGAGCGAGGCGGCGCGCUCGGACCCGCUGCCCGCGGACCUGCCUGCAGGGUCCCUGGGUCUGGAGGGCACGGACCUGAGCCCGCUGGGGCUGGUGCGGCACGCGGUGUCGUCUGCUGGCGGGGCGGUGGUGGACUGGUCGCAGUGGCCGGAGCGGUAUGCGCAGGCCGUGGCCGACUCCAAGGCCAUCUUCGAGGCGCUGCUGGCCGCCGCCCGCUGGCACGAGGCGCGGCUGUCGGAGGCUCGGCGCGAGGCGGAGGCGCAGCGGCAGCGGGCGGAGCAGCUGCAGGCGGCGGGGGAGAGCGCGGUGGCGCGGUUCAAGGCGCUGCUGCGGCAGUACUCCGAGUCCAGCAGGGAGAUGCUGGAGAUUGAGGUCCGCCAGACGGAGAAGCGCACCCGCCUGGCCUCCGAGCAGACCCGUCUGGCGGAGGCCAAGGAGCGCGGCGAGGCCCUUGAGGCGCUCCGCAUGGCGCUGGGGGCGCUGAAGCUGGCGCAUGAGACGCGUGUACGGCAGGCGGCGGCGUCGCAGGCCGGCCAUGCGCUGGCGGCGGGCGCGGCGGCGGUGGCGGCGGCGGCGGAGAGCGGCGCGCCGCUGAGCGCUGAUAACGGCGCGGCGGCGGCGCUGCGGGGCCUAGCUGCGGAGGAUGCGCUGGUUGGGGCGGUGGUUGGGGCGCUGCCUGGCAGCCCGGUGGCCACGCGGGGGCAGCUGGUUGAGCAGUUCCGGGACCUGCGUCGGGACGUGGGUGCGCUGAGCCUGCUGCCGAGGGAGCGCGGGGGCAUCCUGGCGGUGGCGGUGGCGCGUGUGGCGGCGUGGCUGAAGGCUGAUGAGUCGAGCGCUGUGCGGGUGCUGGGUGGUCAGUACGGCGCCGGCGGUGUGGACGCGGCCCUGGCGCGCACGGAGGCGCUGCUGGCGGAGGGCAAGCUGCCGGCGGCGGCGGAGCAGCUGGCGGCGGCGCUGCAGGGUACGGCAGCUGAGCCGCUGGUGGAGGGCUGGGUGGCGGCGGUACGGCAGCGGGCCGCGGCGGAGGCGACGGUGGCGGCGCUGAAUGCGCAUGCGGCGGCGACUUGGGCGUCGCUGGCGUGAGGGGAGGAGCUGUGUGUGCAAUGCGGUGUGGGAUGCGGUAGGGAGGGAAGCGGAGAGGGAGGUGGGAGGUCUGGGGUGAUCUAUCUACCUGGAGGGUAGAGGGUGUGGGGGUUGUGUGGUUGCUUUAGACGCCAGGGGUCGGGAAGCUGGUGAUGCACAUCAUCUUGUCAUGCCCUAUGUGUUGUUGAGUCCAUACCGGUAGUAUGCGGGGGGCUCUUGACAGCGGAAGCAGCCAUGACAGUAGCCUUUGCGCGGUUUCGGUGUGAUGUUGCAGCGUGUGGCGGUGUCACGACUUUGCCGUGGAUGAGGUGGAAUGCGGCAGGUGUUGACGUGUGGAGGCGGUGCAGCGGGUCACGGCUGUGCGUUGCUGUACUUGAUGCGGUGGAAAAGAGGCGUUGGGUGGAUGUUCGGAAGCAAGGGGCAGUUGUUGUGUCCUCGUUUGGAAGGUUCAGUGCGGACAGCAUGCGUGCGGCGCGCAGCAGGUGCAAAAGCCCUGGUGCGGAUGGUGGCAGUUUGGUUGUAUCGCGGGAUGUAAUCGCAAGCUGACAAGCCGGUUUAUAGAGGAGCUCAUAUGGGGUGCCGAUGGUAUGGAGUGAACGCCCUUUUUUGCCGUGAUAUUUGGCAGGGCUUGCUGUUUACGUCUCCACUGAAACUGCACAAACCCCAAGGGGCAGAUGAAGAUGUACAGCGGUCUUGCAGUGUGUGGUAAUGUUGGCAGCGGAUACCGAUGGUGUGUAAUAGCAGGAGUGAAAACGCACUGGGACAGUGACGUCACUGUCCAUUCCGUGGCGGUGGCUGACCAGGGAAGACCAGCAAGGACGCCGCGCACAGCCCGGAACACAUGUCCCG